AUGGGUCGCAGAAGGGCCAUCCUAUGGGCACUUUUCCCAUGCUGCAACCCCAAGAAAAAGGCCAAGACAAGAAAUAAGUUGGCCUCAUCCCAAGUCGUGGAAGCAGAGUGCCCGGAGGAGUUGGCAUGUCGACAGCUAAAAGCAUGCAGGGAGCAGCUUCUUAGAAGGGAAGCAGAAAUCUCGGAACUAAAAGCAGAAAGGAACAACACCAGGCUGCUGCUGGAACACCUGGAGCUCCUGGUUUCCCGGUACGUGCCGUCCCUCCAGAUGACGGUGGAGAGGCAUCAGGCGCGGUCCCCAGCCAGCAUGACCAGCGAGUUGGAGGUCCUCAGGGCACUGAGAUUGCUCUUCGAGCACCACAAGGCCCUGGACGAGAAGGUGCAGAGCCAGAGGGAGCAGGGCUGGGAGUCCGCAAAGCAGGCCCGCGUGGUGGCCACCGUGGCCGAGGACUUCGAGACUGACGAGGAUGUGCCUGAUGGCGAAGGUGAUGGGCCCACCCUCUUCAGUUCGGCCGGUCAGCUGCCGCCCAGUGGGCAGGCCGAUGCCGACACUCUGCCUGUGAUGCCUCGGGAGCAGCUGGACAGCAUCAGUGAGGAGACCCGGUGGAUCCAAGAGGAAGAGAGCACGGAGCAGCGGGCCGAGGAGACUGAGAGCAGGGCGGGCAGGGCGCGCUUAGGCAGCCUUCGGCGUUUUGAGUCCCUGAGCUCCCUCAACCUGUGUCCUGCCUCCUCACUUGCCAGCUCCUGCCCGCCCAGCAGGGCGCCCUCCCCACCCCGAAGGAGGCGGCGCAGCCUGGCGCACGAGGGAGACCGGCUGGGCAUCAUGACUGCGGUGCAGAGCCAGAGGGAUCAGGACUGGGAGUCCGCACAGCAGACCCGCGUGGUGGCCACCAUGGCCCAGGACUUCGAGAGUGACGAGGAUGUGUCUGACGGCGAGGGCGACAGGGUCACCCUCUUCAGCUCGGCCGGUCAGCUGCCGCCCAGUGGGCAGGCCGAUGCCGACACUCUGCCUGUGAUGCCUCGGGAGCAGCUGGACACCAUCAGUGAGGAGACCCGGUGGAUCCAAGAGGAAGAGAGCACGGAGCAGCGGGCCGAGGAGACUGAGAGCAGGGCGGGCAGGGCGCGCUUAGGCAGCCUUCGGCGUUUUGAGUCCCUGAGCUCCCUCAACCUGUGUCCUGCCUCCUCACUUGCCAGCUCCUGCCCGCCCAGCAGGGCGCCCUCCCCACCCCGAAGGAGGCGGCGCAGCCUGGCGCACGAGGGAGACCGGCUGGGCAUCAUGACUGCGGUGCAGAGCCAGAGGGAGCAGGACUGGGAGUCCGCGCAGCAGACCCGCGUGGUGGCCACCAUGGCCCAGGACUUCGAGAGUGACGAGGAUGUGUCUGACGGCGAGGGCGACAGGGUCACCCUCUUCAGCUCGGCCGGUCAGCUGCCGCCCAGUGGGCAGGCCGAUGCCGACACUCUGCCUGUGAUGCCUCGGGAGCAGCUGGACACCAUCAGUGAGGAGACCCGGUGGCUCCAGGAGGAAAGGGAGAGCAUGGAGCAGCGGGCCGAGGAGACUGAGAGCAGGCUGCCAGCUUUAAUGGAAGAGGUAGAAGAUGACAAGACUGCCAUCCAAUGUGAAGCCUCGAGCCCUGCCUCGCCGCAGUCCCUUUGGCUGGACCGGCUGCACACGGGGGUGCUGCGCGCAGCCAGCCCAGAGGACGUCAGGGACACCUGCAAACCACCGCCUGCUGAGCUCCCGUCCUCAGCCAGGCAGCACUCGAUGGAGGGCACGUGUGGUCUCCUGUGCAGCAGCUCUCCUGCCACGGCCGGGGACGGCCACCCUGCAGAGGACGGCCCCGGGGGCAACCCCAGCAGCAGCACCAUCAGCCAGGACUCGCUGCACAAAGCCCCGAAGAAGGGCAUCAAGUCGUGCAUCGGCCGCUUGUUUGGAAAGAAGGAAAAGGGCCAGCCUGGACACCCGGCAAGGAGGCCUUAG